GUGCUUUUGCGCCAUUGAUCAAAUUCAGUUCAAUUUACAUACUUUAAAACAGUUUCAGUCUUAGUUGCUAACGAAAAAAUGUCCUAUCAAAAUUGGUUGAAUUAUUUGCAAUCCGCUGAAAAGAAUUCAAUGAUAAGCGGCCGGUUGCGCAAAGUUCUUUACAAGUUUCCAGAUGGGCGGCAAAUGGCCGAGGAGUACAACAUGGAUACGGGAAUAGUGCAGAGACGCGCCUGGCGCAAGUGCAAGCAGCUGAUGGGAGAGCCGGAGUGGGAAAUAGAGUUGGGUGAUGAGCCAAGACAGCUGAAUUGGGGUGGUGGCAAUAAGGGAACCUCUGCUGGCGGUGGUGAUGCGGAUAACAUGGCUGGAUCUGAAUUCACAGUGCGCGAGAGCAACUCUGCUCCGUUGCUGACCAAGCGGGUGACCAAGAAGAACAUCGAGUGGCGCAUACGCAACCUGCCGUAUUCGCUAAAUGUCUACAAUGUCAGUGCCGAUCCAGAAAAGCAUGCGAUUGUGGUGCGCACUACCAAUAAAAAGUACUACAAGGUUAUUCCUGUACCUGAUCUGGAUCGCUGUGGCAUGCCGCCGAUCCAGGCUAAUAUAAGCACACAUCAUCAAUUCAACACACUCAUAAUUACAUACCAGAAGCCAGAGAUUAUGUGCGAAAUGGAGGCACAGGUUCUAUUGCUCCUGAAAAAUGUGGAAACCGAGACAGACAUGGAUGAUCUGUUGAAGGGUUUGCUAGCUAAAUAAAACUCUUAUCAUUUAAAUUACA